UCUAGGCUAAUCAUUGCUCUCUAGACGUGUCUUUGAAAUCCCUUGAAUUAACGCUGUGAUGAAUAUUUACAGCUUUUUGUGACAUUUGCUUAGCAAUGUUGCAAUUUCUCGACAUUCCGCAAUGUCUUGGCUUGCAAUAAAGUAUGAUCACGAUAAGAAAUUACUGAAAUGCCAGAGAAUGUGGAAAUGAAAUGAUCUCACACCGUAACAGUCGAAAUGGAAGAAAAUAAUAAUAACAAAAUCACAUAGCUGCACAUGCUGAUGUUCAUUGGGCAACGGGGCUUUGAAUGAAUACCUAAUAUAUUCAUGAUCUGUCGCCAUCGACUCGCUCGCCGUGAUCAUGUGGAGAUUGAUUUGCUUCCGGCUUCCGUCGAUGCCCCGCAGGGUCUUUCUGCGGAGGAUCUUGCCCGUCAUUUUGAGCGCCGCGGUCAUGGCUAUCCUCGCGUUUCAAGGAGUCUUCGAUCUGGUGCGAGUGCUUCACGGGCCGUAUGCGCUAACCGUCAGAUCCACCUAUCAACAUGCCCUCGAAAGGAACGCUGGCCGAGCCUUCCGUAAUGCCACGCCGCCUGACGACUUCCCGUUCGAGUACUUGAUCAACGAACCCGAGUUCUGCAGUAGUAAGGAUGACCUCGACAUCAUCAACUUCGUCGGCGUGGCACCGUGGGAGAAGAGUGCGCGAGAACGCAUCAGGAGGCUCUGGGGCAACAGCACCUGGAGAAGCGUGUCUGGCUUCAGCACCGUGUUCCUGGUGGGGACGACAAACGAAGAGGGCGUCAUGGAGGCGGUGCAGAAGGAGAGCCAGGUGCACAGGGAUAUAAUACAGGUCUCCUUCCGCGACACCUAUGACAAUCUCACCCUCAAGACGCUCUCGGGGUUCCACUGGGUCGACCGCUACUGCACGAACCCAACGUGGGUCCUGAAGAGCGACGCGGAUGUUGUCAUCAACAUCUUCGAACUUAAAGACUUUCUAACGCAGUACGAUGAACGAACCAAUGGCACGAGGCAGCAGAUGAUCUGUAAGCGCAGACACUCUCUCAGUCCUUGUCGGAAGGGCUGUCGACAUAAGAAGUGGCAAGUCUCUUGGGAAGAGUACCCGCAUCCGCGAUACCCAAGCUAUUGUCAAGGACCCGGGUAUAUUAUUCCCAGAUGCCUGGUGGGAAGCAUCUAUCGCGCCGCCAACAAGACCCACCCCUUUCGCAUGGAGGACGUGUACUACACCGGCAUCCUGGCGCAAAAGCUCGGCAUCACUAAACUGAACAUCGCCCACCGCUUCCCCUGGCGUCCGAGAGCGUGGCAAGAUUCCUUCGUCACCACAGACAUCAUGAUCCUCGAACUGGACAAGGGCGUGGGCAGGGGCGCGUCAACUCUCGUGUGGUCGAACAUCCUUCACAACAGGGGCUUCAAGGAUGACUCCUGCGCUAAUGUGACGGGAAACUUUAAAGUGCCCGCGUCCCAACGAGCGCAUUUCAACUGAAAAUGCUCUUCGAGGGAUAAUUUAUUUCGAGAAGGAAUUUCAUGGAAUCUGACUGUAAUUAUUAUCACUACUGCGAGAUGAUAACUUUACCUGAUCAGAUAGUGUGUGUUAUUAUUCGUGCCUAUGGACACGUGUAUAUCGCAAUAUAACCUAAAUGUUACAUACCAAAAGUUCUAAAAGUGAUCGAAGAACACCUGUACAGACUUUGUACUGAUAUUUUUUUAUCAGCAAUUUGCUGAUAUUUCGAAACUCUUAAGAAAUAUAUACAUGUAUAUAUAACUUUACCUGAUAGGAUAGUGUGUGUGGUUAUCUGUGCCUAUGGACACAUGUAUAUUGCAAAAGAACCUAAAUGUUAACAGUUUUAAAAGUGAUCGAUGAGCAGCUGUACAGACAUUGUACAGAUAUUUUUUAUCGGCGAUUUGCUGAUAAUACUUCGAAACUCUUACGAAAUAUAUACAUAUAUAUACUUCCAUUUUUAGUCUGACGUGUUCUGAAACAUGAUUAUUUUGUCUUAUAUUUUACUUCUAAUUA